GGGCGCACUUGGGGUAGUAAUAAGUGGGUUUGAGUGUGACAGAGGCAAGCAGGCAAAAACCGCUAGAUUCUGGGAAUCCCACAGGAGCCGACCAAGACGCAAGCUCCUUUCUUGUCCGAACUAACAGUUGUUUCCUUAUUUCAAUUUUAUUUCAAGUUGCGCCUGAGAGAAGUCCCUACGGAGUGCUCCGGGAUCGAGGAAAACACUGAGGAAAACUUUUUAAAGCAGCGGAACAACUGACAAAAGUUUGAGGAUAUACUUUUUUUUUUUACUUCUUCAUAUACUGUAGAUGAUCUAGAUGUGACUACACUGUCGUGAAUCUCAUCCACCCCUGGAUUAACUUUAAGAGUGGGAGAUAACGGUAAUCUGGAAACUCCCAAAGGGAUGUAAAUCUCUCAAGGUAAUUAAACACAACCAGCGACUUUUAGAGUCAGACUACUGCGCCUGUUUGUAGAUGUGGAAGACAUUUGGAUGGACUCACACAUCCACUGAAUUGAUUCUUCGGUUUGGACCACAGGGAGUGGUGCGCCCGGGCUGCCGUGACAUAACGGCACGCUCUUAGGAAAAAUAUUUUCUGAAAUGACCGGAUGAUGCGUGUCCAUUGUUGAGCGGAGGAUCUCUAAGUUUAACCAUUCAUUCAAGACUUCAUUCAAGAUCAUUUGGUCUCCUCGUGCGCUCCCUUCCACGCUCUGAAAGCUCCAUGGUGGAGAUAUGGGAUGACUGGUGGCGGGGGUGCAGCUGAGGUGAGAUCCAGCCGAAGGACAAUGUUCACGCCCGGUGUUGGCAUCCCUCUGCUGCCGGGGCGUCUGGUACUGAUGCUGCUGCUGCUGCUGCUGUCCGGCCCCGAGCCGAGCCGAGCCUGUCCCGGGUUGCUCGCCUCCACCGGCGGCUGCAGCUGCACAGAGGAGCGCUCCAAAGGGCACGGUGUGCAGGUGUUGGGGCGACGGGUCAGCUGCAGCAAAGAGGAGCUGACUGAACCUCCGGAUGCCAGCCUGCUGCCCAACAGGACCGUCACUCUGAUACUGAGCCACAACAAAAUCCGAGUUCUGAGAAAUGGAUCCUUCUUUGGACUUUACGCUUUGGAUAAACUGGACCUCAAGCACAACCUAAUAAGCACCAUCAUGUCUGGAGCCUUCCAGGGCCUGUCUGAGCUUCGGAAACUCGACCUUUCCAACAACCGCAUUGGCUGCCUGACUGCAGACAUGUUCCAGGGGUUGAGCAAUCUCACUAAACUGAACCUCUCUGGCAACAUCAUAUCGACCAUGGAUCCUGGAGUGUUUCAGGAGCUGCCGUCCCUCAAGCUAGUGAACUUCAACUCAGACUACCUGUCGUGUGACUGCGGGUUACGUUGGGUCCCGGGAUUCUUUCGCAGCAGUUCAGCCCGGUUGGGGGACGAAACCCUGUGUGCCUACCCGAGGAGCCUGAAGGGAAAGCCCCUGCGUGGACUAAGGGAAAGCCAGCUGAGCUGUGACGGUCCUCUGGAGCUGCACACCCUGUCGCUGCUGCCGUCCCAGCGUCAGGUGGUCUUCAAAGGCGAUCGGCUGCCCUUCCAUUGCACCGCCACCUUGGUGGACAAGAUCACCACCUUACACUGGCGUCACAAUGGUCAGCUGGUGACCUCUGACCCAGAGAUGGGUGUCCAGCUGGAGAACAGCGUGCUGCACGACUGCACCUUCAUCACCAGUGAGCUUAUUCUAUUCAACGUACAUGUGGAGGCCAGGGGAGAGUGGGAGUGUGUGGUUUCCACUGGGCGGGGCAAUACCUCUCGCAGUGUUGAAAUAGUGGUGCUGGAGAACAGCGCCUCCUUCUGUCCAGAGGAUAAAGUUGUCAACAACCGUGGGGAGUUCAGGUGGCCCCGAACUCUGGCAGGCAUCACCUCACAUCAGUACUGCCUGCAGUUGCGUUACCCCUCCCUCUCUGUGGAGGGAGGUAUUGAGCAGAAAAAAGCCUCUCGAUACUGUGACCGUUCUGGAAGCUGGCAGGAGGGGGACUAUACAGACUGUCACUACACCAAUGGCAUCACCCGUGUCCUGCAUACCUUCAUACUGAGGCCCAUCAAUGCAUCCAAUGCUGUCACUGUGGCACAUCAGGUGCGCACAUACACCCUGGAGGCUGCAGGCUUCACCGACUCAGUGGAUGUGCUGUAUGUGGCACAAAUGAUGGAGAAGUUUAUGGAUUAUGUCAGACAGCUGCGAGAGCUGUCUGAGGUGUUGGUCGAGAUGGGCAGUAACCUGAUGCAGGUGGACCACCAGAUCCUCGCUCUGGCCCAGAGAGAGAAGAGAGCCUGCAGCUCCAUAGUCUACUCUCUGGAGACAUUGGCCUGGCCUCAGCUGCACGGCCGUGCUCAGGACUUCUCCAUGGUGUCUAGGAACAUUGUGAUGGAGGCCCACUUCAUUCGACCAGCCCACUUCACUGGAUUCACGUGCACGGCAUAUCAGUGGCGCGAGGUCUCGACUGGCAGCCGGGGAAUGGAAACGUCAGAGUCUGCUCACGAGCAGCAGCUUCGAUUUCGCUGCAGCACCGGCACCCACAACACCUCCCUCAACAAUUUCCCCCUAAAGAAUUCCAUAGCCCUGGCCUCUGUGACUCUCCCAGCUUCUCUGUUUCCUCCUGAUGCUCCCGCAGACUGUAAGCUGCAGUUUGUAGCCUUCAGAACCGGCAGCUUUUUCCCUCUGUCCGGGAACUCAAGCAACACAGGGGAUCACUCUCGCCGACGAAGCGUCAACACGCCUGUCAUCUUUGUUGGCCUAGAUGGCUGCAGCAUGUGGAACCACUCGGAGCCCAUCUGGGUGUCGGUGCGCCACUUGUCCCCUGGUACUGACGCCGUGGCAGCCCAGUGGAGCCUGAAGGCUCUGGAGAAACAGGGGAGCUGGAGCCAGGAGGGCUGUCAGCUGGUCCACAGUGACAGCAGAACCUCCACGAUGCGCUGCUCUCUGCUUAGCAACUACGCUGUGCUGCAGGAGGUGCCUGACUUCCCCAACUCCACACCCAUGUCUGUAAGGGUGCUCCACCCUGUGGUCUAUGCCUGUACUGCAGCACUGCUCCUCUGCCUCUUCACCAUCAUCAUCACACAUAUACUACACCACAGCUCUAUUCACAUAUCGAGAAAAAGCUGGCACACGUUACUGAAUACCUGCUUCCACAUCGCCAUGACGACAGCCAUCUACGCAGGAGGCAUAAGCCUGACCAGCUACCCAGUGGUUUGUCAAGCAGUGGGCAUCGCCCUGCACUACUCCUCGCUGUCGACCCUGCUGUGGAUUGGAGUCAGCGCCAGGGUCAUCUACAAAGAGUGUGUGUGGAGAAUACCACGGCAGCCGGAGGGGGAGUCUCCUGCGCCACCUACUCAGCGACCUAUGCUCAGGUUCUAUUUGAUAGCUGGCGGAGUUCCUCUUAUCAUUUGUGGGAUCACUGCAGCUGUCAAUGUCAACAACUACGGAGACAACAGCCCUUACUGCUGGCUGGGUUGGCGUCCCAGUUUGGGGUCUUUCUUUGUCCCUGCUGGCCUAGUGGUGUUGGUGACCUGGAUCUAUUUCCUGUGCACUGUGUUUCGCCUGAGGCACCAUGUGGCCAAAGAAUGCACAGGAACCACCCUGUCCUCUCCUGUGACAGAGAGCCAGCCUGCGCUGGCAGGAAGCACCAGCCUCCUCUCCACAGACUCAGCGGUGGGACCUAUAAACCCUGUUGUGGCGCCAGAGGACCAGUACUCACUGAAGACACAGUUCUUGGUGCUGGUGGCAACCCACUUCCUGUUUGUGGUUCUGUGGUGUUGUGGAGCCAUGGCAAUGUGGCUGACAGGGCACACUAGCCUGUUGUUUAGUUGUCUCUACGGCAUGGCUGCCACAGUUCUCGGGGUGUUUCUGGUGGUCCACCAUUGCUUUCGACGUCUGGAUGUGCAGGCCUCAUGGCUGGCGUGUUGCCCAGGCUAUCGCCGCUCCCAUCCUAUGUCUACCUACACGCAGACCUGCACUACUGGGAGUGGAGUGCAGGCCUCUGAGCAGGGAUCGCAACUUUUCAUCAACUGCCAUCCACCGGGGGACUCUCAUAACUCGUCAUCGGCUCGGUCAUCAUCCACGCCAAGUGGAAUCAGCAGCGUGGGCCCCGGGCCCUGCAAGCUCACCAACCUGCUACAGGUGGCACAAGACAAUCCGAACAACACAUCACGUGCCCCUGUGGGCAACAACACCAGCACUAGCACUGACAACACCACCAAGCCUACAAACAAUGUUUUGCCCACCAUUAACUCUGCAGCCCCAGUGCAUCCCCAGAGAAGGAAAGUGAGUAGCAGAACUAAACAAGGAAGCAGUCAGUAUCACCAUCGGGGUGAGGGCCGGGGUCACUAUCGUCUCAAAGCUCUUAGGACUGCUGGAGGUGGGGGCAGCCUCGGAGCUUUAGGACCUAUCGGUUCAGAGCAUGUGGUUCACAAACAGGCCACGAGUGAGAACGGCAGCAUCCACCACAGCCUUUCAGAGACCCAGGCCAGCCCGCUUACCAACGGGAAGCGCAUUGGGGAGUCCGUGGCGACCAGCCCCUCAGAGGGAAGUGAUGGGGGCAGCAGCGGGAGUCGCAAACCCUUCCCCCUGCUGCCUACCAUGGCCAGCAGAGCGGCCAUGCACGGCACUCAGAGACGAUGCGCCAGCAGAGACAAUUUGAAACUGGCUGCAGCUGUGGAGCGAGACACUAAGCGCUGCUCCUACCCUUUGAACAGUGUCACCACCACUGUGCCUGGGGCCGCCGCCCCAAAUGGCACCCUCAAAAUCUCAGUGCUUGAGCUGGAGCAGGACAUGAGUGGCACGGACCAAUCGCAGAGCUCCGUUGGAAUGAAGAGUGGUUUGUGGAAAAGUGAAACCACAGUGUAACCUAUACUUAUAUGUGAACUUCUAUGCAUGACCUUAAUGGACUCUUAAAUGAAUGGGUUAUGUUUUAAAUGGUCUCUUGAUUAUAAUAAUUAUAUAAUUUAAGAUAUAAAAUCAUGAAGGCAUCCAGGACCUUAAACUGGUACUUUUGCCUCUGUAGCAUUGUAAGAGUUUGCUGUGAAAUGGUAAAAAAAAUAAAAAUAAGGCAGGUUUUAUUUUUUAUUGUCAUUCUGAAACAUAAGAUACUCAUUUAUUUUAUUCAUUUCACAAAAAAAAAAAAAAUGUACAAGAUAUCUCUAAAAUUGGCAUAUGAUGUUGAUUUUGGAUGCCUAAUGAAAGCUUUAAUGUUUUAGUUGUGAUUUUUCUCUAUGCAUAUCAACUAUAGCAUGACAUGGAAUACAAGACGGUCUAUUUCCAAAGUACAGCUAUAUGCAUUUAAUCUGUGGACAACCUUUCACCCUAAUGUUUGCUUUAAGUAAUUGUGUGCUCAUGUAUGCUUUUGUAAGUUGUUCUGUUCUGUGUGUGUGUGUGUGUGUGUGUGUGUGUGUGUGUGUGUGUGUGUGUCUGUCCGUCCGUCCGUGUGUGUGUGUGUGUGUGUGUGUGUGUGUGUGUGUGUGGGUUUGUGUGCGUGCGUGUGUGCGUGUGUGCGUGCAUGCGUGCGUGAGAAAGUAAUUGCAGGGCUGUGGCUGUACAGAAUCUCUAAGUGAAUAAAAAAAGCAAUGCAAGACUUUUGAAUAUA